AUGUCGCCCGAACGAAGACUUACAGAGGGACAGAUUUUAACAGUCGAAAAUGUGCUGCGCAAAGCCAAGUGUGGCGACCUAAUUAAAGGGCAGACUCUCAUCAGUAUUAAAGCAGAGGCCUCAAUCGAAGAUGCAUGCGAAAUCCUCACCAAAGAAAAG